CGCCUCCACCAGCGCCAAGCUCAGCGACAAGAGCCGCUAUGACUACUUUGCCCGCACGGUGCCCCCUGACUUCUAUCAGGCCAAGGCCAUGGCAGAGAUCCUGCGCUUCUUCAACUGGACCUAUGUGUCAACUGUGGCAUCGGAGGGCGACUACGGCGAGACGGGCAUCGACGCCUUCCAGCAGGAGGCCCGCGCCCGCCAGAUCUGUAUCGCCACCUCAGCCAAGGUCAGCCGGUCGAUGAACCGCUAUAGCUAUGACCAGGUGAUCCAUUCGCUGCGGCAGAAGUCCAAUGCCAAGGUGGUCAUUCUCUUCACACGCAGCGAGGACGCCCGGGAGCUGCUGGUGGCUGCCAACCGAUUGAACGCGUCCUUCACCUGGGUGGCCAGCGAUGGCUGGGGGGCGCAGGAGAUCGUGGUGAGGGGCAGCGAGGCUGUGGCGGACGGGGCCUUUACCAUCGAGCUGGCCUCCUACCCCAUCCCCCAGUUUGCUGAGUACUUCACGGGCCUGAAUCCCUACAACAACACACGUAACCCCUGGUUCAGGGAGUUCUGGGAGAAUAGAUUCCAAUGUAGCCUCCAUGACCUGGGCUGUGGGAAGCACUCUCUGCGGGACGGCCUGUUUGAGCAGGAGUCCAAGAUCAUGUUUGUGGUGAACGCUGUCUAUGCCAUGGCCCAUGCCCUGCACAACAUGAGGCAGUCGCUGUGCCCCAACUCCACCACCAAGAUCUGUGACGCUCUGAAGCCAGGCAACGGCAAGAGGUUCUACAGGGAGUAUAUCCUGAAGACCAAGUUUGACGCUCCAUUCCGUCCAGCAGACACAGAGAACAUGGUGAGGUUCGAUAUCUUUGGAGACAGCUUAGGCCGCUACAACAUCUUUCACUACCACAAAGAGGACGGACGCUACGUCUACCGUAAGGUGGGCUACUGGGCCCAGAAUCUGACCCUUAACACCAGCCAGAUCCCCUGGGAAGGUCAUGCCGCACCCACCUCCCAAUGCAGCGACCCCUGCAGGAAGAACGAGGUGAAGAGCAUGCAGCCUGGAGAUGUGUGCUGCUGGAUCUGCAUCCCCUGCCAGCCUUACCAGUACUUGAAGAACGAGUUCACCUGCGCCGACUGCAAGUUUAGCGAAUGGCCCCUGUCCAACCUGACAGGCUGCUACAACCUACCAGAGGAGUACAUCCGCUGGGAGGACGCCUGGGCUAUAGGCCCUGUUACCAUUUCCUGCCUGGGCAUGAUGUGUACACUCUUCAUCAUUGGCCUCUUCCUCAAGCACAACGACACCCCUGUGGUGAAGGCCAGCGGGCGGGAGCUAUCCUACAUCCUCCUGCUGGGUGUUCUGAUGUGCUACAGCAUGACCUUCAUCUAUAUCUCCAAGCCCUCCAUGGCUGUGUGUACCCUACGUCGACUAGGCCUGGGCACCUCCUUCGCUGUGUGCUACUCUGCGCUUCUCACCAAGACCAACCGCAUCGCACGCAUCUUCAGCGGGGUGAAGGACGGAGCCCAGCGGCCGAGGUUCAUCAGUCCUGCCUCGCAGGUGGCCAUUUGCGGGGGUCUGAUCUCCUGCCAGCUGGUGGUGGUGGUGGUCUGGCUCCUGGUGGAGGCCCCGGGGGUCAGGAAGGAAGUGAACCCUGAGAGGAGGGACAUAGUUACCCUCAAGUGCAACAGCAAGGACUCCAGUAUGCUCAUGUCCCUCAGCUACAACUGCAUCCUCAUCAUCCUCUGCACUGUCUACGCCUUUAAGACCAGGAAGUGCCCCGAGAACUUCAACGAGGCCAAGUUCAUUGGGUUCACCAUGUACACCACCUGUAUCAUCUGGCUGGCCUUCCAGCCCAUCUUCUAUGUCACGGCCAGCGACUACAGGGUGCAGACCACCACCAUGUGUAUCUCUGUCAGUCUGAGUGGCUCGGUGGUGCUGGGCUGCCUCUUUGCCCCUAAGACCCACGUCAUCCUGUUCCAGCCCCAGAAGAAUGUCACCUCUCUCAGGGUGGCCACUACCCGCUUCAGCGUCACCACCGGCCCCGGAUCCAGCUUCUCUCAAGCUUCAGCCUCCAAUAUUGUGCCAACGGUGUGUAACGGGCGAGAAGUGGUGGACUCCACGACUUCCUCCUUGUGAAGACUGACUGACUGAGCCUCAUGUUCCUCUGCUGACAAACAUUGUAUACAGAGUUCUAUAACCACUAGUCCAGAAUCAGCUGUUUCAGAUAUUAAAGAGGUCACACAGAAGAUUGUCCUGAUUUUGUUGUCCUCUAAGUGCUGUGAGUACAAUGUCCCGAUUCUGUUUCCAUUCUAUGACUAGUAGCGAUUUUAAAAAGAGAUGCCAAUAAAGAUUCCGUAUCAUAGCCCUUCUUUUUAUUGAAGAUUUUACUGGAGACAUGGAGUAAAUUAUGGUAAAUUUGUUAAAUGUAAUAUAUACAAGAUGUUUUUAAUGUAGAUUUUGGUGAACCGGUUUGUGCUUUCUUGUAAUUUAUGUAAA